AUGAGUGACCCAUCUGCUAGCCCACGAGGUGCAGGUGAUUUAAGGGCUGAUAGUGGGAUAUUCCCAACUGGAUGUGAAUUGGCCAAAUGGGGCUGCAAGAAGGCCUACAUGGAGCAUGGAUUUCGCAUGCUCUGCAUUUGGUUCCAUGGACAGGAGGUGGUCGAGACCUUGCCGGAAGAUCUCCAUCAGGCACUGUCGGCCAUCGGAAGGAUCCGCCUGGCUGAACGCGUCCUCAGGGAGCUGCGCUCCCCCGACAUUCGUCAGAAGAAUUGCGUCAUCUCCUGA